UCUUUUAGUUUAAGGUUAAUUUUCUUUCUUUUUUCCUGGAUUCGAUUUUUGAGGGUGGAUUCGGCAUAGAUCGGGCCAGAUCUUGCGAUCUGCAUGUUUUUGAAUUAAUUUUGUUGAACGACUAAUUUGUUGAUGGUUGAUUUCUGUGAAUAUUGCUUUUUAUUUGGGGAUCAAGAAAGAUAUUUUAGUAUGUUAUUUUGAGAAAAUUAUGCUCUAGGGUUUUCAUUUAAAUUUUUUCGAUCUUGCAGUGUUUGCAAGAAAUUAAGAUUUUCUGAACUUUUUAUUUUUAUUUUUGAUUUGUUUCAGCUUUUCGAGACAAGAAAAAUGUUUAGUUUGUUAAUUUGGUUUGUCAAUCCUCAAUCUCAAGACUCUCAAGUUUUUUACGAGAAAUUACUAGAUUUUUUUUGGAUUUUUUUUCUUGGUUUCUGAUUUUUGGGUCAAUGUUUCUUGACUGGAAUCAGCGUAGAGGAUUUAAAUUUCUAAGAUUCUUUUGGUUGUUUUAAUUUUGCCUAAAAGGUCAAUGGCGUUUCAUAUAAAUUUUCGUAUUUUGUUACUCUUGUAGAAAGUGCUCAUUUUUCCAAGUCAACGCUGUUUCUGUUUCACGAUUAUGUAAAAAGUGAUAUGGUUACUUACUCUGACCUGCGUGAAAUUUUAUGAUUUAUUUAAGAUCAACUUGAUGUUCGAUCUGUAAAAUAUGUUGCUGAAAAAGAAAGAAAUAAAAAAGAAACCAAAUAAUUGUUGAACCAUAAUUUAUGAAAUUCUCUGCCACAAUAUUCUUAGGUGCUCUUAUUUGAUGUAAUAGGAGGCAGAAUUACUUAAGGCUGUAGAGUAGAAACGGAGGUUGCUUUCUCUUUUAUGAAUUUCUUGUAAAGAAUAAAGAAGAGAAAAAUGUACAAGAUGAACAUGUGCGACAUGGAUAUGUACAGCAUCAACACUAACUGCAGUUUUAGGAUUUUCAUAACAAGUUUUAGGAGACAGUUUCUUUUGGUUUGGUAGAAGAUAGGCCUCAUAGUCGUUUUUACAUUAGAAGGGUUGGUUUUAAGCUUGUUGAUAGGGAUUGAUCUAGGUAGAAAUGGAAGCACGGAACGCCAUGGUAUCGGAUAAUAAGCCUGGGUUUCUGCACAAUAGGAAGAGAAAGCGGGCUGCGCAGCAUUCAACUUAUUUUCCUGGAGCUUCGCAUGUGAUAUUACCACAAUUGCCCAACUUGAGUUUACCAUCCCAGAAGCAUGGCAAGCUGAGGAGAUUGGAGGAUCACAAAGGCAAAGUUGUUAGUUGUGCUCAUCCUUCGAAAAGAUCUUUGCUGCUUUGCUAUUCAAAUUUUAAGAAAACUGGCAUUCCGAAGCGCAUCAUGUUCUUUGAGAAAGGUGAAUGGACUGAUUUUCCCAAGGAUCUCAUUGCUUCAAUUAGGAAAGAUCUCAUCACAAAGAAGCCAUUUAUUGAGCUGGAGAAAGAUGGUCAAUCUUUUGUGCUUGAUUUCUUGCAUAUGUUUCGACUGGAUUGGAAAACUGGCUUGAAACAACCAAUUGCUUGGAUUGACGAAGCAGAUGGCUGUUUCUUCCCGGAGACUUUUGCUGUGGAGGAUGAACUAUAUCAGGCUCAUGAGUAUGAGAGUGAUCAUGAAUCUAUGUAUAAUGAAUCAUAUGUUCCCCCUGAGAUCAAGCUACAUCUUGAAAUUGACAUUAAUGGUGAUCAAUCUAGGUUGAAGGAAUGUAGUGGGGAGUCAAGUUCUUUUGUUAGAAAUUUUCAAAUUGCUCAGAAACCUGCCACCAGUUGCUGUGCCAUAGAAGCUGAGGAUAAUUGCAACAGGGAUGGUGAUGCAAAACACAGCAAAAUCAUUGAGGAUAUUCAACAAACAAGGUUAAAUUUUCCUGAAAAGGAGUUUGUGGAUGUAGAAUUUGGAGAACAGUUGGAUUCUCAAACUGUGGAGACGAUGUUCCUGUUGGGCAUGAGCUCUUCGGGUGGUUCGGAUGUUAUUAAUAUAAAGCCCUGCUCCAGUUCUUCAACGCAAUAUAGGUUAGAGCGUUUCCUGAAGCAGGUUCAAAUUAUGAAGAAGUAUCGGGGUGAUGCAAAUGUUCAGCAUGCUUGGCUUGCCUGCUCUCAGUCAGACUUGCCAAUCAUCAUGAUGCAUGGGCUUGGGGAUUGUCGUCUUUCCAGAAUUCCACACAAAUAUGGCACUGGUGUUCAUCUUGCCACAGUAGAAUUUACUAAUACCAGUGCAAACUAUUGUGAUGUUGACGAAAAUGGAAUAAAGUAUAUGAUACUAUGUCGUGUAAUAAUGGGAAAGAUGGAGCUUCUUCGUCCUGGAAGUGGACAGUGUUAUCCUAGCAAUGAAGAUUUUGAUAGUGGAGUGGAUGAUCUUCAGCAUCCAAAGUACUAUAUUAUCUGGAACAUGAAUAUCAGCACUCACAUUUAUCCAGAGUUUGUUGUUAGUUUCAAGAUCUCCAAUGCUGAAGGGCGUUUGAUUGGAAGUGAGACUAAUCAUGCUGUUUCAGGCGUCACUGCAUCUACUCCAGGCCUUCAGGGUCGUUUACCAGUAUUAUCAUCUGCCGGUGAAUUGGGGAGUAUUAAUCACCAAACCUCAGAAUCAGGUGGAUCCCACGAAAAUGAUCCUAGCCUGGGUUCAAACACUUCAAAGACCCCUAAAUCUCCUUGGAUGCCUUUCCCAAUGUUGUUUGCUGCUAUCUCAAACAAAAUCCCUCGUUUAGAUAUGGAUCAAGUUACUAAUCAUUAUGAACUAUUCAGGGCAAAGAAGAUAAGUCGUGAUGAUUUUGUCAAAAAGCUGAGAUUGAUAGUCGGAGAUAGUUUGUUGAGAUCAACAAUAACAUCUCUGCAGUGCAAGUUUCCAUCUAGACAUGAAUUAGAAGCGGCAGCAGCAGCAAAGCAGAAGAACAUGAAUGGUCCUGGCGGCCUUUGAACUUGGUGAUCUCAAGUUGACGGUAGUCUUUUAGUUUGGUGCUUGUUACAAAAUGUGUCGACAUGAUGUGGAUAUGUUUGAUUGAAGGUAAUGUUUUCAUCGGAACAGUCGUGUUAGACCCGCGUAUUUUAGUGUGUUUCUUUGUGGUUCUCAAUGUGGACUCGUUGCUUUGUUAUCGUUAAUACAAAUUGUUGUUGCCUGGGACUUGAAAUCAAA